CAAUUAGCUCCGAGUCGUCUUCUCCUUCCCCUUCCCAUCCUCAUUGGAUAUAUAAACGCGCGUAACAGCAAGAUCACACCAGUUCAAACCACCACCGCAUCCAUCAUUCCAUCCCAGAGCAGCAAGCAACCACACCGACAAACAAAGAGUUCGGAGAAUGGCGAUCACCGUGAGCGGGCAAUGGACGCGGCUGCGGACGCUCGGCUGCGGCGCGUCGGGGGCCGUGGUGUCGCUGGCGGCCGACGGCGCCUCAGGGGAGCUGUUCGCGGUCAAGUCCGCCGCCGCGGCGGAUGCCGCGCUGCUGAGCCGGGAGCAGGGGAUCCUGUCCGGGCUCUGCUCGCCCGACGUCGUGCGCUGCCUCGGCGGCGCCCACCGCGACGACGGCUCGUACCACCUCUUCCUCGAGCUCGCCCCCGGCGGCUCGCUCGCCGACGAGGUCGCCAGGAAUGGGGGCCGCCUCGAGGAGCAAGCAAUCCGGGCGUACACCACGGACGUCCUGCGCGGGCUGGCGUACAUUCACGGCCAAUCUCUGGUGCACGGGGACAUUAAGUCAAGAAACAUUGUGAUCGGCGCCGACGGGCGCGCCAAGAUCGCCGACUUCGGGUGCGCGAGGACGGUGGACUCUGAUCGGCCUAUCGGGGGCACGCCGGCGUUCAUGGCGCCGGAGGUGGCCAGAGGGGAGGAGCAGGGGCCAGCGGCCGACGUGUGGGCCCUCGGGUGCACGGUCAUCGAGAUGGCCACCGGGCGCGCCCCGUGGAGCGACAUCGACAACGUCCUCGCCGCCGUCCACCGGAUCGGUUACACGCACGCCGUGCCCGAGACGCCGGCAUGGCUGUCUCUUGAGGCGAAGGAUUUCCUUGCAACGUGCUUCGCGAGAAACGCCCGCGACAGGGCCACGGCGGCGGAGCUCCUGGAGCACCCGUUCCUGGCGUUGCAAGCGGGAGGGGCCAAGGACAGGCGGUGGGUGUCUCCCAAGAGCACACUGGACGCCGCAUUUUGGGAAUCAGAGUCUGACGAGGAAGGCCAUGAGGAAGAGGAGGAGGAAAUUUCGGGGAACGCGGCCGAGAUGAUCAAGUCUUUGGCGUGCUCUGUGUCUGCCUUCCCGGACUGGGAAUCCGGCGAAGGCUGGAUCGACGUGCUCGGCGGCGAGCAGUUUCAUGAGCCUCGCGAUUCGCCAGCGACCAAGGAGCCGGCUGAUGUGGCGAGCAGAGCGCCAAGCAAAGUAUUCGGGUGCGCGGCGGUGCCAGCUGAAGGCGUAGCUGUCGUCAGUGGCCUUUCAAGUGACGAACAACUGGACGCAGAGGAAGGGCCGCCUUUCGGUGGAGAUAUCCUACCCGACGAUCGUUCCACUGAUCGUCAGAACAAAGUCAUUUCGAACCCACACAGAGAUGUGCUAUCAUUUGAGAUACCCUGUAAUCGAAUCAACGCAAUAGAAAAGUUUCGUUUUCCACGUACUUUACUGUCCCAUUUUCUGAUAAAUCAUCUUCAGUUUCUACUCUGUGCUGGACCCUCCGUCGAGGUCCGCGACUGGCUCCUCCAGGCUGAGUCCGUCAGUUGCCCGGACUUCUCACUACAUUUCGACCCUUGGUCGCGGAGAGCUGGAGCGGUGCUCCAGGAGGCUCCGUUCCUGGCGGACGUUGAGGUCUUCGGAGUGCCUAGCCAUGCGUGGGAAGAGCGGACGGUGGCGGUGCUGCUGGAUGGCUGCGGAGUCAUCGACGAGGUCGACCCGGAGACGGCCAGCCGCCGCGACAUGAGCUGCUUCCGCAUCUCUGCGUGGACGCACGACAUCGCUGCCAUCCCGGUGGUGCGUUGGCUAGCUGUGCCUGAGCCAGGUUCCGGCCGCCAGUUGCAGGUGGCGAGCUCCAGGCCGCGGUUCACGUCGCCGAAGUUGUUGUGGUACAAGAUCCGUUUCUGGGUUGUACGGUGGUUGGUCGGAGAGGUUCCUUCUUCCGAUGAGUCAGCUGGAGGUAAAGUUUCGGCCGGGCCUGGCUCUGGGCCGGUGAUUCUGCGAGCGGUCCCGCGGUGCCGCCGGCCGGGCCGGCUGCGCUUAGGAGGCGCCGUCGUGCUCACAGGAGGCGUGGAGCUCGCCGUGCUGCGGAGGGGACCAUGCCCGAGGCUCCCGGUGAUGCGCCACCGGUUGGAGUUGCAUGGGCUCUGCUAUGCCAUGUCACACCACGCCCGGGCCCUCUCCUUGCUUGCAAGCGAUUCUGAUGCGUGCUGGUCGGGCCGCGUGCCGGUGGGACAGGCCCAGUCUGCGGCUACGCCAGGAGAUGCGGUAGCUGCUGCGCCUCUCGCAGGCCCGUGCCGCUCAUCCGUGCCCGCGGAUGGUGCGGCUCGCACGACUCAUGCACAUGCAGACGUGGGGCUACCCUCCGAUGGCCAUGCUGUGGCCACGAUUGGCUCGCCCGUGCCGCUCGGUGCAGCCCCUGCUGAUGACGCUGUGUCCCUCUCUGCGUUGUUGCGCCAGUUCCGGCCGAGGCUCGAGGAUCUGCUGCUACGCCUCCCGGACCCGAGGAUCACCCGCCGACGCCUGUUCCAGGUUCCCUCCGCAUCAGCGCGCCGUAGCAAACGGCUGGCGGCCAAGCGCAGCGGCGGCGUGGCUUCCCCGGUCAUCAAGAGAGCCCAGCAGAUCCUCAUGAAGAAGCUUGGGAUCAGCUGCGACGAGGAGCGGCUUUCGCAGCAGCAGUUGCAGGAGUACGCCGCUAUAUUCGCCUCGCCGCUUGGCCCGGAGCAAGUGCAUGACAUCACUGCCCUGUUUGGGCUCAGCAUUGCUGGGGCGGUGGAGGACUCGGCCGACGCUUCGUUGGAGGUGGCCGCUGCUGUCUAG